GGGAGGACGGGAAGAGGGCGGAUGCGGGUCGCGCGGGUCCUGCGGCCGGAGAUGCUUGGGGCUCCUCAGCUGCUACUGGGGGAACAGAUGGCCUUGGGGGGGGACCAUAUAGGAACCGGCAGAGGGUUUGGUCUCACAGAUGACACCAGAGCAUCCCGAACUACUCGGAAAGGUGGCGCGAUGGCGUAGGGACCACCAGUUCCCGGGUGCUCGGCGAGGCGUUGCAGAGCAUCCGUCGUGGCCGGGGGCUGCGUCGCUCCCCCUCCACCCGCUGCCUCCUCCCCUGCGCUGGCAUCGGCUCCUGCGGGCGGCCCGGCCCCGCCGCCUUGAGCCGGAGCGGAGGGGAUGGGGCUCUGUUUUUUUCCACCUUGCCACUAGCGCGCUCUCACCAUCAUCUCGUGUUGCAGUGCAGGUUAGUGAGGCACUGGGAAAACAGCUCGCAGGGAGGAAAAAGGGCUGCCUGGAGGAGCCAGGGCUUUGCAGAUGAUCCUUCCAAGCCCCCGGCAGCUUUCUACCUUCUCACUGUUUUUUCCAGGCAAUGCCACACCUCCUGAGGACACUGGGGACAUCAGGUUUUGCUGAGCUUAGCAUCUUCUCAACGCUGUACUGAAGGCAUCAGACAGACGCUCAUCUGCCCUGAAGUGCAGACCUGCAACAGCUACUGAGAAGACUCUGUCCCUCUGUCUCUCUUUCUCUCUCUCUCUCUCUCUCCAGUCCAAACCAUUACAAGACCUGACUUCCAUCUGGGAAUCUCACCCCUUUUAUGUCCCUUCUCCUUUUCUACGAUGACUCACCAUUAUUUUUAACUUUGAAGAGAGAGGAAAUUAUGGGGAUCUUGGAAGCCUCUAUUUCUCUCUAGGAUUUCCCCAGGGUCAGAUAAUCGGUCUUACUAAGAGACACUAAGAUUUGGCUUCUCCAGGUAAUGUGAUUUGUUUUCUGUGUGCCAUGGUGCUUUGCAGAGAAUGACAGGAGCCGGGAUGCCAGCGGUCGAGGAGGGGGACUGCAGUGGUCCGCGGGGCAGCUUGUACCGAAAUUCAGGCAGCUGCAAAGCCCAGGAUAGUAGCCGUGCCCUGAGUCCGAUCCCACCACCGGGCACUUGGAAGAGUUUAGCAUAAGGAUUUCUUUUAAACCCCAGUAUGACAGUUGCUACCGGAGAUCCUGCAGACGAGGCUGCAGCUCUUCCCGGUCACCCGCAGGACACAUACAACCCUGAGACUGACCAUGAAUGCUGCGAGAGGGUGGUCAUUAACAUCUCAGGGCUGCGUUUUGAGACUCAGCUCAAGACACUAGCCCAGUUUCCAGAGACCUUGCUAGGGGAUCCUAAAAAGAGAAUGAGAUAUUUUGACCCUCUCAGGAAUGAGUAUUUCUUUGACCGGAACAGACCCAGCUUCGACGCGAUUUUGUACUAUUAUCAGUCUGGCGGGAGGUUGCGGAGGCCAGUUAAUGUGCCCUUGGACAUCUUCUCGGAGGAGAUUCGUUUCUAUGAACUGGGGGAAGAAGCAAUGGAAAUGUUUCGAGAGGAUGAAGGCUACAUCAAAGAAGAGGAAAGACCACUGCCGGAGAAUGAGUUUCAGAGACAAGUAUGGUUGCUCUUCGAGUACCCCGAGAGCUCAGGCCCUGCCAGGAUUAUAGCUAUUGUCUCCGUCAUGGUGAUUUUAAUCUCCAUUGUGAGCUUUUGCCUGGAAACAUUGCCCAUUUUUCGUGAUGAGAAUGAAGACAUGCAUGGCAGCGGGCUGAGCCAUCCCCCUUACUCCAACAGCAGCAUGGGGUACCAGCAGUCGACCUCUUUCACAGACCCCUUCUUCAUUGUAGAGACACUUUGCAUCAUCUGGUUCUCCUUCGAGUUCUUGGUGAGGUUUUUUGCCUGCCCCAGCAAAGCUGGAUUUUUUACCAACAUCAUGAACAUUAUAGACAUUGUAGCCAUCAUUCCCUAUUUCAUCACCUUAGGGACGGAGCUGGCCGAGAAGCCAGAGGAUGGUCAGCAAGGCCAGCAAGCCAUGUCCUUGGCCAUCCUCCGAGUCAUCCGCUUGGUGCGGGUCUUCAGGAUCUUCAAGCUGUCCCGGCACUCCAAGGGGCUGCAGAUCCUGGGGCAGACUCUCAAGGCCAGCAUGCGGGAGCUGGGCCUCUUGAUAUUUUUCCUCUUCAUUGGUGUCAUCCUCUUCUCCAGUGCCGUCUACUUUGCAGAGGCCGACGAGAGCGAGUCCCAGUUCCCAAGCAUCCCCGAUGCCUUCUGGUGGGCUGUGGUUUCCAUGACAACUGUUGGCUACGGAGACAUGGUCCCCACAACCAUCGGGGGGAAAAUUGUGGGGUCCUUGUGUGCCAUCGCUGGCGUAUUAACGAUUGCCUUACCAGUGCCCGUCAUAGUGUCUAACUUCAAUUACUUCUACCACCGGGAGACGGAGGGAGAGGAGCAGGCUCAAUAUUUGCAAGUAACCAGCUGCCCAAAGAUCCCCUCUUCCCCUGACCUAAAGAAAAGCAGAAGUGCCUCUACCAUUAGUAAGUCUGAUUAUAUGGAGAUUCAGGAAGGUGUAAACAAUAGCAAUGAGGAUUUUAGGGAGGAGAACUUGAAGACAGCCAAUUGCACCCUAGCUAACACAAACUAUGUGAAUAUCACCAAAAUGCUAACUGAUGUCUAGUUGCUAAAACCUAGUAAUGUAUUUAAAGCUAAAGUGGAACAAUUGCAGAUAUUGAGUGCUGCUCUGCAUUGUAGUUAAUACAGUAUUUUCUACGGUGUAUAUUUGGUUCUGCAUGGGAAGCAAUAGCUAUGUAAGUGACUUUUAACCUUUGAUUUCCACACUGAAUAAGUGUUUGUGAAAGCAAACAAACAGAAAAACCAAACCAAACCAUUUCGUUUCCCUUCUCCCAUCCCAGGCUUGUGGGUUUCCAAAGGUGUGGAGCGGUUAGUCGAGCCAAGCACCGCUCCUGUUUGUGCAAUAGCAGAGUUGCAGGGAAUACUCCUCGGCUGGCUGGGAGCACUGCUGGGCACAGCUCUGUCCCCAGUGCUGGGUCACUGCCAGCUCCAGGCACAGGCAGCAGCAGGGAAAGGUCGGGCAGGGCUGGGGAGGACAGCAUGCUGCUGGCCACCCCAAUUAUUUGAAGGCUUGGGUUUCUGCCUUGGGAAUGCCAAGUGCGAACGCAUCACCCGGGCUCGCGUUUCAUAACUGAAAAUGCUGCAUGCUGCAAUAGUUUCAGCCACUGCAGUAUGCCAGUGUGAGGCCCAGGGGAGGGAUAAUUAGUCUGACAGCACAUUAUUUAUUAAGUCUUAAGUUUUCUAUGCUAGGCAUCAGGAGGGAUGAGUAAAUAAAUGGAGCACUUGGAUUUUAUUGAUUUAUUUAGAUGACACUUCCAUCACCACUGUUUCCAGGAUCACCAAAGACACCUCCACUGACACAUUGAAAAUUAGUUGGAAAAAGCAUCUUUUUUUAUAUAUCUAUAUAUAAAACUGGAGCAACUAUGCUGUGGCCUAUAAUAUAUUUAUACUGCAGUGAAAUUUAACCAGUAAUACAGUACAGCUGCAUGGGUAUUUGUUGCAUGAAUCUGAAUAUUUAAUACACACACAAAUAUAUAUUUUCUUAGUAGACUAUACAGUAUUCAUGUUUAUAGUGUUUAUAGAUACUCCGGUGGCUCAAAGGAAAUUUAUGGAAGCUAAAAAAAUCUCUAAUGUCUUUAAAACUGGAUGAGGAAGGCAUGUGCUGACAACAGUUUGAUAGAUAACAAGGCAAAGACUGAGUGUCCGAGCAUCCAGCCACAAGAGCCGAGUACUGCAAGCGAGGGAAGGUGAACUGAAAGUUAAACACCUGCACUCAUUAUGGGGUGAGUAACUAGUCAUUAAUCAUGGUGCCAUGAGCAGAAACCACAGCUGAUCAGAGAGGGCACAGGGAGCAGGUGGAAUAGCAGGUACUGGCUUUCCAGACUUGCUUGUUCAGCAAUUUUCAGCCCUUUCCUAUACAAUUAUUGUGUGUGUGUGUGUAUAGAUAUUUAGAGAGCGACUAUAGGGCCAACUCCUCAGCAAAUGUGAGUGCUCAGAGCAUCAGGGCUUCCUGGCUCAGGGGCCACCAGACAUGACCUGUACUGGGGCAGGAUUUGGGCUGGCAAACCCUUUUUUCAACCAUGUAGAGCCCUAGGGCUGAUGGUUUAUUUUCUCACGUGGUGGAGGCUGGGCUGGAUCCAAGCUCGCACUUCCAAGACUUUGCUUUUGUUUUGCCUUCUCCCAGUUGUGUUUUUGUUUUUGUUUUUGUUUUCUAGGGCUGUGUCGAGGUGCAGAGACCUCAGGGCUGCCCAUGUUUCUUCUUCAUCUCUGGUGUUAUUUGGGGAUGGCUGGGAGCUGUUGGUUCAGGGGUCUUAUCUGCUUUCCCCAUCUCACCUGAAUUUCCUUGUCUGUCCCCACACUGCUGACAAAGCCCAGAAUGGGCCAGGGCAGGGGAGAGGGAUGCAAACCCCUGCCAAGGUCCCAGCUACGCAAGUCCCUGGGUGAAGGCUGGCAUUUGGCAGCCUGUUGAGUCAGGGUGAAUAUAGGCAGAAUUUGGGCACAGUCAGCAUUUCACCACUGCUGCCAAGCACAGAUGCAGGGAAGGAAGCCCAUUGAAGAGCAUGCCAGCAAGGUCAGCUGGACCCUUCCUGACUUCCAAGUGGAAAACAAUAUUCAUAACAAUACAACAAACGGUGCUAAUGUAUUCUACAGCAAUGGUUCAAAAUGCUGCUUAGGGUCUGAUCCAUCUCUUGUGCUGACGUGGCCCCACUCAACCAGGCGGGAUCACUCAUUUUUACUGAAGUGAUUGAUUGAUUCAGGCCUGGCUCUAAUUACCACCCAGUGGUCAUGGUGAGCACACCAGAGUCCUGGAUCCUGCUUGGUGCAGAGCAGCACCAAUGCACUGCACUGGGCUCUGGGUGCUCGGCACUGCACAGGGUUGUGCCUGCAGCCUGUAAUGAAUUAUAUCUCAUUAUGUUUAGAGUCCUCUCCUCCUCUCUGCUGCUGCAGCUCUGAAAUGGGUGUCCCUGAAGCCCAUAAACACCUGCAACGCACACAAAAGAAGCAACACAACUGAAAGCAAUAAAUCUGUCUCUGAA